CGUAACUGAGUGUUUGAUUUAUCGUACAAAUGGCAUCGGAAGAAUUUAAACAGCAGGCAGGCCUGCCGCCCAAGCUUGACCUCGCCACGGUCAGGUACUAUCUCAAAACACGGUUCACCACCUUACUUCCUUCUCGCGAGCAGAUGCGUGUUAAUAGACUGAAUAUCAACCCGUUCGGUCCUUUAAGCCAGCUUACAAAAAGAAACUGGGCCUUUAUCGGCGUGGCCAUCUGUACCUGGACAUGGGACUCUGUUGACUUUUUUAUCGUCUCCUUAAACGCUAGUACUAUCGCUAAGGAUUUGGAGGUUUCUGUGAAAGACGUUACCUGGGGUCUUACCCUCGUGCUUAUGGUUAGAUCGGUAGGGGCUAUUGGCUUUGGUAUCUGGGGCGAUAGAAAGGGUAACAAGUACCCUUUGAUCGCAUGCAUGGCACUUUUGAGCAUUAUCCAGAUUGGGUCUGGGUUUGUAACGACAUACAAACAGUUUUUGGGUGUUCGGGCUAUUUUUGGUGUUGCAAUGGGUGGUGUUUACGGAAAUGCAGCCAGCUGUGCCCUUGAUGACUGCCCUGCUGCCGCCAAAGGUAUCGUCUCUGGUAUGUUCCAGGAAGCGUACAUGUUUGGAUAUCUCGUUGCUGUAUUGUUCCAAAGAGCGAUUGCCGUGAAUUCUCCCUAUGGAUGGAGAGCCUUGUUUUGGUUCAGUGCCGGUCCCCCCGUUUUAUUCAUUGCUUGGAGAUUCUGGUUACCUCAGACUGACGACUUUCUCAAAAAGAAGGAAAUUGAGGCCAACGAGGGCGUGGAAGGAUCUAUAGCUUUCAGGUAUGCAAAGGAAACGUUCAAAAACCACUGGUUGAUGUUUAUUUACUUGGUGGUGUUGUUAGCAGCGUUCAACUUCGGUUCCCACGGAUCCCAGGAUUUGUAUCCCACGUUGUUGACCAAACAGCUUGGUUACGGUAAUGAUCGUUCCACGGUGACCAAUUCCCCGGGGGGGGUAUUUUUCGGACAUGCUUCCACCUUUAUUGGUCGCCGCCUCACAGUAUUGAUCGCGUGUGUCUUGGGUGGUACAGUGAUCUAUCCGUGGGCUUAUGCGAGGGAUUCUGGUAUCAACGCUGGUGUGUUUUUCUUACAGUUUUGCAUUUCAGGUGCGUGGGGUGUCGUUCCUGUUCAUCUUUCGUCCUUAGCCGACCCUAAAUGGAGAUCUCUCAUUGUGGGGACGUCUUAUCAGUUGGGUAACUUGGCCUCCUCUGGGUCGUCUACGAUCCAGGCUACCAUCGGCGAGCGGUUCCCGUUGUACGACGCAAACGGCGUUCAAAGACCAGGGGUGUACGACUAUUCCAAGGUGAUGGCCAUUUUCAUGGGCUGUGUUUUCGCAUUUCUUAUGAUUGUCAUGUUUUUGGGUCCUGAGAAAAAGGACGAAGGUGAGGGGAGUAUGAUUACUGAUGACGAGUCACUGGUUGGUUCUGAAAAUACUGAUAACAAAGUGACAGCACUCGAAGUACUGUCUUCCGCUUUGUAGCCUACACAUGUAAUACGGUUUGUAUUAUAUCGGGGCGCCUAGCGUGUUCUGGUAUCGCCAUUAGUACUAUUUUUUGAAAGCAAAGAGUACUUGCCAAAGAAAUAUCUCUUGCCAAUAUCGCUAAUGUAAUAGCCAUCGGUCGGGCUUAACCUGACUUCGUGGAUAAAAAAAACCAGCUUUACCUCUAGCAAGACUUCAAUAAAGGUAAGGUUUACCAUAUAUUGUAUUUCAAGUGAAUGAUGAUGGGACAUUACACGGUCGGAGUCAAUUGCCGUGGGCCAUAGAGCGAACCUUAAGUUAUACACCCUCAUUGCAAUUUCCACUGUACAUCCGUUCUCCAAAUAGCACUACGAUAUGAACCAUGGACAAACUUGUUGGAUAAACAUAUUUAAC